AUGUCCCCCCCUCCAAGAAACACAAAAGAGACUGCGCUCGCGCGCCUGCUUGGCUCCGGUACCUCCGGUAUUGCAGAGCUGCUCAUUUUCCACCCCGUGGAUACGAUCGCCAAGCGUCUGAUGAGUAACAAAGACAAGGCUUUGCCGAUCGCGCAUGUAAUCCUCCGCGACUCUGCGAACGCGAGUUUUGGCGCCCGUUUCCUGAGCCUGUUCCCCGGUCUUGGGUAUGCUGCCGGAUACAAAGUGUUGCAGCGUAUCUACAAGUUCGGUGGCCAGCCCUACUUCAACGACUACCUUAACAAGCACCACAAGAAGCAGUUUGAUAGUAUCUUUGGCGAGCGCACGGGCAAGAGCAUGAUGAGCGCGGCGGCAGGCUCGGCCACGGGCAUCGGCGAGGUGGUGCUGCUCCCUCUCGAUGUGCUUAAGAUCAAGCGCCAGACGAAUCCUGAUGCAUUCCGCUCGCGUGGCUUCGUGCGUAUCUUGAUGGACGAGAAUGUGCAACUGUACCGCGGCUGGGGCUGGACCAUGGCCCGCAAUGCGCCCGGCUCAUUUGCACUGUUUGGUGGGAGCGCAUUUGCGAAAGAAUACAUUUUCAAACUGAAGAACUACUCCGAUGCGACGUGGUUCCAAAACUUCAUCGCGUCGAUCGGUGGUAGCGUCGCGAGCAUUACCGUCUCUGCCCCACUCGAUGUGGUCAAGACGCGUAUCCAGACGACCAACUUUGACGCAAAGGUGAGCGGAUUUACGAUCAUCAAGGAUAUGAUCAGGUUCGAAGGCCCCAGUGCCUUCUUUAAAGGACUCACGCCCAAGGUCUUGGUCGUUGGGCCCAAGCUCGUCUUUUCGUUCACCAUUGCGCAGUCGCUCAUUCCUUGGUUCGGUAAGUUUUGUUAA